UAGUAGCAUUGUGUGUGGGUGUGAUGUGUGCAGCUGUCAUCCAUCCCUCCACAAUAAGGAUCACUAGAGGCACAGCUCUUCCUCAGCUUCACUGGAUACACUGACCUGAACACUGAAUCUGGAUCUCCUAUACAAUUCCCUGGAAAGCUUCAAUUCAGCAUUUUAAGCUGCAACUAAAAAACACAAGCUGAUAUUUGAAAGGGGAAUUUUAAUGAAAAAAAAUGCACUUGGAUAUUACAUUUCAGUAAGGAGCUCUGUGCAGGCGAUGAAUGAUCCUUCUCCAAGUGGCACCCUUGUUAAUAGAUCUCUAAGGUGUGACAUGACAGUAAGGAUGAAUGGUUCAUAACUUUGGUACUACUACUGGCUAUACACAUUUACAAUGCUCAGUUCAUUCAAAGAAAAAAUCUUCAGCCCUGGAAAAGAGGAAGUGAAGAACAACAUCGGGGACUCGCUGGGGAACUUGCAAAGGAAAAUUGAUGGGACAAAUACAGAAGAGGACACUUUUGAACUUGAUGAAGAUGGGAGACCUGUGCAAGCUCAGACUCAGCCACCUCCAAGAUUUGACUGCUACUGUUGUGGACUGCCCAAGCGAUAUAUUAUUGCCAUUAUGAGUGGCUUGGGGUUUUGCAUAUCCUUUGGAAUUAGGUGUAAUCUUGGUGUUGCCAUUGUCGAAAUGGUGAAUAACAACACUGUCUAUGUUGAUGGAAAACCAGAGAUUCAGAAAGCCCAGUUCAACUGGGAUCCAGAGACAGUCGGCCUCAUCCAUGGUUCGUUUUUCUGGGGCUACAUCAUAACCCAGAUACCAGGAGGGUUCAUUGCAAAUAAACUUGCUGCCAAUAGGGUUUUUGGUGCUGCUAUAUUUUUAACCUCAGUUUUAAAUAUGCUGAUACCAUCUGCGGCCAGGGCUCAUUUCGGAUGUGUUAUAUCAGUCCGGGUUCUCCAAGGACUUGUUGAGGGCGUUACCUACCCAGCAUGCCAUGGAAUGUGGAGUAAAUGGGCGCCUCCGAUGGAGAGAAGCAGACUGGCUACUACUUCAUUCUGUGGAUCCUAUGCUGGUGCAGUCAUUGCAAUGCCAUUAGCAGGAGUGAUGGUACAAUAUAUUGGUUGGUCUUCUGUAUUUUACAUUUACGGUGUAUUUGGCAUGUUCUGGUAUGUGUUCUGGCUGCUGCACGCCACAGAGAGUCCAGCUGCACAUCCUUCCAUCACGUUUGAAGAAAGAACUUACAUAGAGACAAGUAUAGGAGAAGGAAGCAACUUAGUUACAGCUGGUAAAUUCAAAACUCCCUGGAAGAAAUUUUUCACCUCUAUGCCAGUCUAUGCGAUCAUUGUAGCAAAUUUCUGCAGAAGCUGGACCUUUUAUUUGUUGCUAAUUAGUCAACCUGCUUAUUUUGAAGAGGUCUUUGGCUUUCCCAUAAGCAAGGUUGGCCUGCUUUCUGCAGUUCCGCACAUGGUUAUGACAAUCAUUGUACCUUUUGGGGGACAGCUGGCUGAUUUCUUGAGAAGCAGAAAGAUUCUGUCCACAACAACUGUCAGAAAAAUCAUGAACUGCGGAGGUUUUGGAAUGGAAGCAACUCUUCUCCUGGUGGUUGGUUAUUCCCAUACCAAGGCCAUAUCAAUAACAUUUUUGGUCCUUGCUGUGGGGUUUAGCGGCUUUGCUAUAUCAGGUUUUAAUGUCAACCAUUUAGAUAUUGCACCAAGGUAUGCCAGCAUUCUGAUGGGCAUUUCUAAUGGUGUUGGAACCUUGUCUGGGAUGGUGUGUCCACUCAUUGUUGGUGCAAUGACAAUAAACAAGACACGGGAAGAAUGGCAAAAUGUAUUCCUGAUUGCUGCAAUAGUCCAUUACAGUGGAGUUAUAUUCUAUGGGAUAUUCGCUUCAGGAGAGAAACAGGACUGGGCUGAUCCUGAGGACCUUAGUGAGGAUAAAUGUGGGAUCAUCGACAACGAUGAACUCGCUGAAGAAACUGAACUGAAUAAUGAAUCCUUCACAGGUUCAAAUAAAAAAUCCAGCUAUGGAGCUACUAUUCACAGCAAUGAAUCACGCAGGAAGGGAUGGAGAAGCAAAAAGGGAACGACACAGGAUGUAGACGAACAGAAUUUUUAUCAGCACGAAAACGGAAGUUACGAUUUGUCCUAAUUUCAGGAAGCAAUUAGUAUGUGAAAAGAUUCCAUAUUUACAUGUUUUAUUACCUGUUUUUAACUUGGGUUGUCACCAGGAGUUACUGAAAUAUCACCGAUAAAUGAUAGAGCUGCAUAUUCCUUUAAUGGAUAUGAAUUAAAAUGCUAUACAGGCAUCAUUGCUUUGGUAUAGUUAUACUUUCCUUCCACCAUAGCUAAAGAGAGAAGAUCCAUACCCCAUACUCGUCAACUGGAUUUCCAACCACGUGAAUAUAUCUGUAUAUACAUAUAUUUGUGUGUGUGUUUGUGUAGAAGGUUGUACUGUCUGUGAAAUGCAACAUGUUUACGCAUGUGUCAGUUAUACUUAUAUUUUUGGGAACGUGUGGGAACAUUUGGGAAAAAUCCCUACAGUGACAGUGUAGCCUAUGUACUCCAGUUGUUGCAAGUUGCCUCUUACAGCAUCCCUCUGGCAAUUCUGCUGCAGGGAGUGUAGUUCUGCAGGAGAUGGAAUGUUAAUGCUAAGCAGGCAGCUGAACUAAGAUUUCCUAGGUUAGGGUGCUAAUAGCUGAGCCGAGGCUUAGUUAUAACAUUUCAAAGCUAAGGUGGAGCUGAAAUGUUUUUAAGCAAUAAUAACACAUAAAAUACAGGCCAAGAAUGCCAACAACACAAAGAUGCGUUUGUUUGAGUAUCUGAAGGAAUCAGAGGAAGAUGGAUACAAAUUUAUUUUUGGAAUUUAGCAUAAAAUUAUAAAUAAAAAAUGUUUCCAGCAAUUGUACAUUACAGAAUGAUUUAACUGAAUUGUCACAGGAAUUAAAAGGGUCUAAACUAGGCUUUCACUGAACUCAGGCCUUUUGGAUUUGGCCAAGUACAGUCAAAAAAUGCUGUGUUUAGCUUGCUAGUACUAUCUGUAAUUUUACAUGAUCACAAGGUUUGGAUUCAAUUUGGUCAAAGACACUUUUUUUCCACUGGAAAAACAACAAAAUGCUUGGCUAACCAACUAACAUACAUGGUCUAAAGAGAUCCUUGCCACUCCUGAGAAACCGUUAAGGUAUCCCUGCUCUAUUUUAUUCGGACCCUGUUAUUACUUUUUUUUUCCGAAACUGUAGUCUGGAUACAGACCCAUAUAUUAGUGGAAGCCUCACCUCAGUAAUAAAUGGAGUAAAACACCUAUAGCUGUGAGGUGUGGUGAAUCUAUGAUUAUAGAAUCUAUUUUGAGCCAAAGACUUUGAGCAUUGACCAUCCCAUGGAGUUCAUUAGGGUUAAACUGAACACUAAUAUGGUCCUCUGUUAUUUCAUAUGACAGCAAAGAACAGGGCUAAUGUCCUGGCCUCCCAAGUGGCAUGUGUAGCAUUUUGUAGGAAUACCAUCAAAUCACUUACUAUUUUAUUUAAAGAACAAACCUUAAAGCAUAUGGAAAAUGUGGACAUAUGCAAUUUUGUUAGAAAACCUGCCUCUACAAUAAAUCUGCUUAUUUUUUAAAGGUGCACUUUUACUUCAUUACUAUCCUGUUGAAAUCUGAUUUUAGCCAUGAGAUUUUAAUAGGCUUCAUUAACAGAUUCUUAGUGUAGUACAAGGCACAGAGAUGGGCACACAUAUUUGUUGGUAAAACAUUUCUCAUACAUUUGCAAUUGUUAGCUGCAGCUCUAGCUUGUAUGCCUUAGUGCAAUAGUGCUGUGUUCUCUUUGCUUGCUGUGUAUUUGGCAAAAGAAGAUAACACCCAUGCCAUGCCCUUGUGGCGUCAGUAAUGUUACACAUGAGAUUUGCAAAGAGGCACAAGAGUUGCGCCUAUAUCAUCCAUAUUAUUUAAAAGCAGGAGAAAUGGUGGUAGAGUUCUGAAGCUAAAGCUACUUCAUGGGCAAAAAAACUAACAGUAAAUUGUGUUGAUUAUUACAAUUUGCACAUUGCUUAUUCCAAGAAAAUGAGGCCUGGGAGUUCUAUAUGAAAUUGAUUUUUUUUUUAAAAAAUACAUACAUAGAUGAAAUCUGUAUCUCCAAUGUGCCAGAAAAGAAUAAAGCUCAUUAAAAGCUCAUAUAAAGCUCAUCAAAACUCAUAUGUAUUUAGA